UCCUCAAAUUCGCGACGAGCUACACCUGUUCGGCAGCCCAUCGCAGCCGCGCUGGACUGGACAGCAUCUAUUUCGACACGUGUCGCAUAGAACCAUCUAGUCCCCCAAGACCCAAUCCAACCCUUUCCUUCCUCGACGCUAUUACAAACUCCUGUUCCUGGCUCAAGACGACGCUCUCGCUUCCGCUUUCUAGUCUCCUCGCGUCCUUUCGCCUACCCAUCAUGUCGACUCAACAGCAGGCCAUGGUCAUGGAGACUAUCGUCGCCAUCAGGAAAGCCCUGAAGCGCAAGGCAUAUGACUCAGAUUCCGACUCGUCCAUCGAUCACACCACAAACCGAGGCUACAAGCUAAAAAAGAGAGCAAGAUUUGUGCGCCAGGGCCGGCUUGCGGCUUCAACAGGUGCUGCUGCCUACAAGGAUGUCGCCGAACACGCUGGCUACCAACGCACCAUCAUAAAUCACAACCCGCCGCUCGUUGAUGACGAGGGGUACGAGCUGGACAGCGAUGACAACGAGGAGCAUAUUCAAGAGGCGAUUGCGUCGGCCAUGGAAGAGAAUCCCUACUCGUCCAUCCACUUAGAACAACUUCUUGCCCCCCUGACCGCUGUCACCGACCUGCCGAACCACCCGACCCUCUCGCGCCCUUACAUCUCUAAAGCACUGCCGGACCUGGUGAAGCAGGCCUCGAGUCUGAUGCAGAAGGAAAACGCGGCGCUAUGGAAAGCCAAGCCUCUCCUGACCAAGCUUAUCGGCGAUAACACCUGGGCGCCUUGCGGGGUCAUGAUCCAACCCAACGAUCAAGAGCUAUUCACGAACACGGCAAGCUUCCUCAGGCGCCGCGCCUCCCCGAUUGGUGCGGACGCUAUACCAAACGCAAACAAGGACUCAUCUAGUGGCUCUUUACGCCAGGACUCGAGACCAAAAAAUCAUAUCGAUGGCACUAACGAGCUUAGUCACACUGAAAAUGAUGCUCUUGACGAUAAGGUGACGGACGGAGAGGCGGUCAGAAAUAAACAUAAAGACGACACUGACGGAGAAAGGCCACCGGGAAAAGCCGAUAUCAAUACCAGUGAAGCCAGAGAGCAGGGAGAUGCAAGUUCUAGCAAAGAAAAGCUAGAGGACAAGACACAGGUCAAUGGCCAUGCACGCCCGCGCGAGGGCGGGAAGGGCGGCAAGAUGCCAGCAGUCGACGGUCAAGACGAUACGGAAAUGGCUGAGGCAGCUAGCGAAACGGGUUCGCUAGAUGAUUUCUUGAUCCAUCCACUAUUUUUGGCUCCACGUUCGGCGCAGCCAGACCGGGACCUUGGCCUCCCAGAGCAGGAGGCAGAGGAUGUGCGGCGGCUACUGCAGCUUUACGUGCAGAAGCAAGAGGAAGUAUGCCGAGGGACAAGGGCUUUGUACAAGGGCCUUCUCAAAGCGGACCGCUACCGUAAGACGGUAUGGCAGUGGGCAAAGUCAGAGGCCCAUUCGGGGGCCAACCGCGACAUGUCGGACGGCGAAGACUGGUACGACAAGGAGGAAUGGGGCCUGACGGAGGACCUCAAGAAGGGCGCAGACGAGGUUGAGGAGGACACGUCCCAGACACAGAAGAAGACGCGCAAUCGCAAGUAACGCGCCUAUGCCCCUGUAAAAGGAAGCCAGAUUCGAAAAAAAAAGUUUAGCCAAAGCAACACGAAAAGCCACGCCCUCGACGAGACAAGUAAGUAGGCGAAGACUAGGGAAAGAUGAAAAUGGAUUUUAAACGAUUGUGAUGAUGAGAUAUUGUAAACGAGAUACCGAAGUAGGCCA